AUCUGCGGCCUGGGAAGCCCCUUUCGUUCUCUCUGUACGGCACCCCAGCUGAAGACGAAAGAUGGUGGCUAAAGGUCCUCUUCAAUCGGUGCAGGUCUUCGGACGCAAAAAAACUGCCACCGCAGUUGCUCACUGUAAGAGGGGUAAUGGUCUGAUCAAGGUGAACGGCAGACCCCUGGAGAUGAUCGAGCCCGCCACCCUCCAGUACAAGCUCCUGGAGCCUCUGCUGCUGCUGGGAAAGGAGCGCUUUGCCGGCGUUGACAUCAGAGUCCGCGUGAAGGGUGGUGGACACGUCGCUCAGAUCUACGCCAUCCGUCAGGCCAUCUCCAAAGCACUGGUCGCCUACUACCAGAAGUACGUGGACGAGGCCUCCAAGAAGGAGAUCAAGGACAUCCUGAUCCAGUACGACAGGACCCUGCUGGUUGCCGACCCCAGACGCUGCGAGUCCAAGAAGUUUGGUGGCCCUGGAGCCCGUGCCCGCUACCAGAAGUCCUACCGUUAAUCUCUGUGUACAUUUUCACAAUAAAUGUGGUAAAGAACUUCAGGCUCGACCAGUGAUUUUU